AUGUCUUAUCAUCCUGCUUACACGAUGGCUAUAAUAUGUGCUUUUGGGGGUGCUGCUGGUUAUGUUUCAUCGAAAUCAAUACCUUCACUGACGGCUGGCCUAGGUAUCAGUGCAUUAUAUGGUGCCGGUGGAUAUUUGAUAAAACGUAAUAAAAAUUAUGGGCAUGAGUCCGCGUUUGUUGCAUCCACUAUAUUGGCCGGAAGCAUGAUCCCUCGUGCUAUUAAGAAUAAAAAACCUAUUCCCUUAGCGUUGAGUGUAUUGUCGGUUUUCGUUGGCGCUUAUUAUGCCAGAAAGAUUUAUGAGUUUAGGGUUGGUGUAUGA